AUGGCGGCACCAGCCAGCACAGCCGUCAAGUCCCUGGCGGCCAACGUGCUCGCCCACGCCAGCAACACGGGGCGCCAGAUCAUGGGCUCCAAGACGGCCGUCGUCGUGUCGGCCGGCAAGAUGGACAAGACAGUCAAGGUGCGGCUCUGGGGCCAGCGGUGGGAGAAGCACGUGCAAAAGGUUCAACAGAACUUCCAAGUGCCCUCGUACAUGCUGGUGCACGACCCCAACAACUCGGUGCGCCAAGGCGACGUGAUCAACAUCUCGUCGGGCUGGCGGGCCGCCCAGCACGUCCGCCACGUCGUGCGGCACAUCAUCGCCCCCUACGGCCCGCCCAUUGACGAGCGCCCGCCCGUGCUCUCGCAGGAGGAGCUGCUGGAGAAGUACGCCGCCAAACGCGAGGCCAAGCUCGAGCGGCGGGCGGCGCGCCACGCCGAGCGCCACGCCAUCCGCGACCAGGAGAAGGCCCUCCGCGCCGAGAAGAGGGCCCGCUGGGAGGCUGCCGAGCGCGAGAGGCUGGAGCGCAGGGAGAAGAAGCUCGCGGAGAUCGAGAGCAAGGUCCGGGAAGGGGAGGUGGACUAA